AUGUCUCCUUCAGCCUACAAAUACAUCUAUUCCAGCCAACUCCAAUUCAUGUUCACCUUGACUGGUUUGGUCAGCAAUUCCAAGCCAGAUCUAGAUGGCCUCACAAAAGAACAAUGUCAGCUUUGGUCUGCUGUGAUCGAGAACAGAGAUCGAGUCCUUCGAACAAGCCUUUAUCAAGACGAAGAUCCUGCCAUUCAACAGUAUAUGCUUGAAAUUCGAACUUGGAAUCAAUUUUGGCCAAAGAGACCGUUCCCAGGCGAUGAACCAAAGAAGAUCGAAUCCGAGAGCAACUCCCCAGUGCUUUCUCUUGAUGUCAAAACCAGUCCCAAAAAGACUCCCAACUAUCCCUCCACGCAGACCUCUUCAUCGCCUCCAGCUCAAUACUAUCCCAUGUCAAUGGAUACCAAGCUUGAAACCGGUAGUGACCAGCUACUUCAUCUACUAUCUCCAACCGACCACUACCUUGUCGUACAAUCAGCUUCAGAUGAAUCGCUUCGAGCAGAGUGUCGUGCUGCCAUCUUGCAUCACAAAGGAGCAGACCAUGUACCAUAUCACGGCUGGGAUGAUGGGACUGGGCUCCCCCGCUACUCCAUAGUCUGCACCGCCACCAACGGCUUUCUCGUCUUUUGCGGACCACAACAAGAGUACUUCCGCGUCCUCAAAGACCACUUCCUCUCCACCGCGCGCAUCAUGUACCAGCGCGCACGAACCGGUCUAAUGAUAGUCUGGAUCGAGACUCCAACUUACAACCGCGUGAUGGAGUUACGCACUAACAAGAAAUUAUGGAAUGAGUUUAAAGGGUGCUGGGCGUUCUUGAAAUGCUGGGCUGAUUCUGCGGGUGAAGGACGCGCCGAUAACAUCGCUGACUUUUUGAGGGGUUGGAGACCAGAUCUCGCGUCGUUUGAUGCAUUGGAAUUGGAGCUCCCGCCGGUGGAGGUACAUCGGCAGGUUCAUCAUGGAAGGAAUAGAAAUGUCCAAGGAUGA